AUUACUCCUUCUCCGGUACCAAUCUAGUAUUCUCAUUUACUAGAUUUGUUUUCAUCUCAAUUCAUUUUUUUCUGUCCUUUAACCCCCUACUACCAUAGGCCUUGAUCCUCUAUUUGAAAUGUCUUGGUCUCUACCUCCAGGUGUCAUCGUCUUCGGACCCGAUGUUACCUGCACGCUAGAUACCUGUCCUCUAGAAUGGACUGUUUAUGGAUACCGGCCUUCUCUGGCCGCUAACAUCACCUUUAUGGCUCUCUUUGGCCUCGGGGGAGUUCUACACGCAAUCCUUGGCUUCAGACGGAAGACAUGGUGGUUCAUGGGCUGCAUGGUUGUCUGUUCUAUCAACGCCUGCAUCGGAUAUGGUGGUCGUGUCUGGCUAUACUAUGAACCAUUCAGUUUCGAAGGGUUUCUAAUGCAGAUGAUUUGUGUCACUAUUGGUCCAGUGUGGUAUUGUGCUGCUACAUAUGUGAUCCUCGGCCAAACUAUCACAUGCUUUGCACCAUCUCUUAGCCGUGUGAAGCCAAUUUUCUUCUACUUUGGCUUUAUUACCUGCGACAUCAUAUCCCUUGUAUUACAAGCUGCUGGAGGGGCUUUGUCAAGCAUAUCCAUUGGAUCAAACCAGGUUGGAGUCGACCUUUCUCUUGCAGGCCUAGCUUUCCAAGUCGCAACCAUUGUCACCUUCUGCAGUUUCCUUCUCGACUUCAUUAUUCGGUAUUUCCGAUCCCCACAAGGACGCAAGGCAGUUGCUAUCAUCGGUCUCCGGUUGAAGAUCUUCUUUGGAUUCAUGUUCCUUGCCAUGCUCCUAACUGUUGUGAGAAGCGUGUAUCGCCUUGCUGAGCUGCAUGAAGGGUAUACUGGCGAACUGAUUAGGGAAGAGGGUUUGUAUAUUGGCUUGGAAGGAGUGCUCGUCGUCGUGUCGUUCUACUGCUUAUCUAUAGGCCACCCCGGGCUGGUAUUUAAGGAGAGCACUAGGGAGAGCCUCGCGGCUAGUAGUGAGGACGACGUGUAA